AUGAAGUCCUCUAAGACUACGCCUCGUAUAAUCAUCCACGGCGGUGCCGGUAACAUAACCCGCGACAAUCUGAACAAAGAUGCUUAUCAAGCCUACCGAUCUGCCCUUCUAUCCACUCUGCAAUCUUCAUACGCCCUCUUAUCCAAACCCGGCGCCACUGCCUUGGACAUUGCCACUCAUGCGGUCUCCAUGCUAGAAGACAAUCCUCUCUUCAACGCAGGCCACGGCGCCGUCUACACCACCGCAGGCACACACGAACUAGAAGCUUCAAUCAUGGUAAGCAAAGGCUACCACAAACGCGGCGUGGGCGUCAUGGAAGUCUCGGCAGUGAAAAAUCCCAUCAAACUCGCUCGCGAAAUGUUGAUCAGAGGAGAAGAAGCAGAUGGAGGUGGUGCGGGGGGGCAUGUUCAAUUAGCUGGUGAGACUGCGAAUACACUUGCUGAGAAAUGGGGACUGGAGAUUGUGAGUCCUGGAUACUAUUGGACGAAGCGAAGGUGGGAUGAGCAUCGUAGAGGAUUGGGCAGAUCUACGGAUCGAGAGACGUAUAGGAAACACAAGAGGAGAGCAGAUGGGUGUGAGGAUCUGGGUGCUCAUGAUCCUUCUUGGAAUGGUUAUGAGUAUCUUCCUCAGGGGACCGUGGGUGCAGUGGUUCUGGAUGGCGAUGGUAUGCUUUGUGUGGCUACCUCGACUGGUGGGCUUACGAAUAAGCUUCCCGGCAGGAUAGGGGAUACACCCACUCUAGGAGCUGGUUUCUGGGCUGAGCAGUGGGUUGAAGAGAAUCCUUUUGAUCGUCCACAUGCUAUGAUGUACCAGCAGCCUACCACGUCACCAGCCGCAAGAUUGGUCAACGGCGACUUUAGCAGCGUCCUCCAGGAAUGCUUGCCUAGUUUCUCCACAUACCUACCUCUGUCCUCUGCAGAAGACACGACUAGUAAACAGCCUGCAACACCCCUCUCGGCACCACAUGGAGUCGCUCUCUCCGGCACAGGCAACAGCGACUCCUUCCUCAAAACAUCCGCAGCUCGUACAACUUCAGCAAUGACCCGCUUCUCCUUCCCACCUCUUCCUCUCGCAGUUUCUGUAUCGCGCAUGGCCGGCCCAAACGGUAUGCUGCAGCAAAGUGCCGAAGACCGAUGGAAAAAGACUGGAGAGGGAGAGGGCGGUUUCAUCGGUAUAGAGUAUCGAUUCGGACAGGGUACAGUGGUGGCAGACUUUAAUUGCGGAGGCAUGUUUCGUGCUUGGGUAGACGAUGCUGGUAACGCACAGAUGAUGGUGUUCAAGGAGGAGUUCUAA